AGACUUCGUUCCGGCUGGGUGACAGGUUUGGAGAGCACAGGCUGCACUAGGGUGGCGCGUCUUCAGCAGCGCUGAAGGCAAGGGUGGCGUCGGGCGGGGCGGCGCGCAGGUGUGCCAGGAAGGAGGUGACGCACCCUGCCAGGACUCCCGCGGCCGCCUCAGACCCGCGGGCCACUCGGGGACACCGAGCAGGCAGACCGGGGAGGACCCCGCAGGGAGCACGGGGCGCACGCGGGGCGGGAGGGACAGUCCUCGAGGCUUUCCGGGUGGCCGUAGUCAUGCCAGGCCUGUGGAGAGCAAUCGCCCUGGAGACCUUGCUGGGCUACGUCUCCUGGUCUCUCUACCAUGGACUGGGGCCCAUGAUCUAUUAUUUUCCCCUGCAAACGCUGGAGCUCACAGGACUGGAAUUGUUUGGCGUGGCCUUUCUCUCUCCGAUACUCUUAACAAUUCCCCCAUUCUGGACACUCGUCAAUAAGAAGUGGGCACUCUCUCUGCUGAGGAUUGUCACUGUAGGCAGCAUAGCCUCCUUUGAGGCUCCGAAUGCCAAGCUUCGACUGAUGGUCCUUGCCCUUGGUGUGUCUUCUUCCCUGAUAGUGCAAACUGUGACCUGGUGGUCAGGAAGUGGAUUGCAAAGGUACCUCAAAAUCUGGGGAUUCAUUCUGGGACACAUUCUUCUUCUUGUUCUCCGAAUAUGGUACACAUCAUUAAAUCCAAUUUGGAGCUAUCAGAUGUCCAACAGAGUGAUUCUGACAUUGAGUGCCAUGGCUGUGUUCGACCGAAUUGUCAUGGAUGGAGAUUACGGAACCCCUGAGGGGAAGAAGCCCAGUGAGGUCACCAAGGGCAGGAUCUCAAGAUUUAAUUGGCUGUUGCCAGGUGCCGCCUUUGGGAGCCUCGUGUUCCUCACUCACUGGAUCUUUGGAGAGGUCUCCAUUGUUUCCAGAUGGGCAGUGAGCGGUCAUCCCCACCCAGGGCCUGACCCUAAUCCUUACGGAGGUGCGGUUCUGCUGGGCUUUGCAAGUGGACUGAUGCUAUCGGGCUCAUCAAGGCUUCGUGAUGCUAGGUUAGCCUGGUGGGUGACAGGAGCAGCUUCAGCCAUGGGUCUGCUUUACCUGCGCACGUGGGCAGCUGCUGUUUCUGGAUGUGUACUGGCAGCCUUCACGGGGUCUGUGUGGCCUCAAGUACUUGGAUAUCUUGUGAACUCAGGGACCAACUCCAGGGAAGCCAUGGCCACUGGCAUGACCCUUUAUGUUUUACAAGUAUUCUUCUGUGCCUGGUGUACAGCUUUUAAGUUUGUUCCCGGAGGUGUCUACGCUAGAGAAAGAUCUGAUGUGCUUUUGGGAACCAUAAUGGUAAUUAUUGGAUUGAGUAUGCUGUUUGGACCUAAGAAAAACCUUGACUUUCUUCUUCAGACGAAAAACAGUCCUAAAAUGCUUUUGAGAAACAGUGAAAAAUACAUGAAACUUAUUCUGUGGCUGCUUGUUGGUGUGGGGUUAUUGGGAUUAGGACUACGGCACCGAAGCUAUGAGAGAAGAUUAGGCCAAGGGGCACCAGCGAAAGUAGUCUCGGCUGCCAUCUGGCCUUUCAGAUUUGGAUAUGACAACGAAGGCUGGUCCAGUCUAGAGAGGUCUGCUCAACUGCUUAAGCAGACGGGUGCAGAUUUUAUCACCAUUUUGGAGAGUGAUGCUUCUAAGCCCUAUAUGGGGAACAACGACUUAACCAUGUGGCUGGGGGAGAAGUUGGGCUUCUAUACAGACUUUGGGCCAAGCACCAGGGAUCACACCUGGGGGAUUAUGGUGUUGUCUCGGUACCCAAUUGUGAAAUCAGAACAUCACCUUCUUCCGUCGCCAGAGGGCGAGAUUGCACCAGCUAUAACCAUGACAGUUAACAUCUCCAACAGAAUGGUGGAUUUUGUGGUGACACACUUCGGGAAUCAUGAAGAUGACCUUGACAGGAAGCUACAGGCUAUUGCAGUUUCAAAACUGCUGAAAAAUUGUUCGAAUCAAGUGAUAUUUCUGGGCUAUAUCACUUCAGAGCCUGGUUCCAGAGAUUACAUACAACUCACUGAACAUGGCAACGUCAAGGAUAUUGACAGCUCGGAUCAAGACAGAUGGUGCGAAUACAUCAUGUACCGGGGCCUGAUCAGGUUGGGUUAUGCAAGAAUUUCUCACGCAGAGCUGAGUGAUUCUGAGAUUCAGAUGGCCAAAUUCAGGAUCCCGGAUGAUUCUGCCAACUACAGAGACAACCAGAAAGUCGUCAUAGACAGCCGAGGAGUUCCCAAGAACAUUCAUUUCAACCCCAGAUUUGGCUCCUACAAAGAAGGACACAAUUAUGAGAACAACCAUCAUUUUCACAUGAAUACACCCAAAUACUUUGUUUGAAGCCUUUUGGACAAGAAGUCGUCAUUGAACUGAGAAAUUAUUUAACAGCCCAAGGAAACGUUUAAUGAAAAUGGGAGAAUACACGUGAAGAACCUUAUGAGUUAAAUAAAAAUGGAAGAAAGAAAGAGAGAAAGAAAGAAAGAGAUGACAUCAUUCAAUGAGAAUUCCAUCAGUUCAUAAGCUAUGUUGCUUAAUAAAGGCGUCUCUCUAACUUACUUUUGUUUAGAAAAGAAAGGUGUGAUAAUAUAAGAAAGUUAAGCUCAGGGCUGGAGCCGGAGCUCGGUGGUAAAGGGCUUGCCUUCUGUGCAUGGGGCCCUAGUUUCAGUUCUCAGCACUGCCAAAAAUAAAGUGAACAGGAUGCA